CUCGCAAUUCGCAUUCGACCGACGUCUUGGUUAAAAGAGUCUCGGGGAUAUUUUGAUAAUGACUUGACUUCUGCCGACUGAAGCCGUGGCAGGCAAAUAAGCGAAUUAUUUAAACGAAAAGUAUAUAUUAAAUAUACAUAAAAUUAACGAGCGCAGUUACAGUUACAAGAGAAUAUUAGAAAGAAAAAAAAAAAAAUAAGUUACUGGCGUAAAUAUAAUUGAGAAAAAAGUCUACGAAGAGGAGCACCACCCCAUUGUCCGUACGGAGAGGAUUUGACCCGCUUAGUUGAAAUCGAACGAUUAUUUAUUUAACGGUGUUUCGUGUUGGUGUGUGUUAGAUAAUUUGCCACCAGUGGGGAUUCGUUUGUUCUUUUACCAUCGAAAAUUUUGGAUCGUGAUCUAAUCCAAAAUGAAUCGUCAACAAUCCAACUCUCAGCAAUCUCAGCAGAGUAGGCAGCAACAACAGACUACCACGACUACUCAGCAGCAGCAAAUUCAGCAGCAACAGUAUUCGCAGCACAGGACCGAGCACCAGAUUACGCGUCAGCAGGUCACCAGUCAGCAGAGAGUGCAAGGAGAAAUCGUGAUGCAGUCGACACCCACCAUACCAGCAUUCACCGGAAGACCGGGUGAUCCGUCUCCUCCGGUAUUCGAGCAGAUUUUCAAGAACGCAAGAUUCGCGCAGGGUGGUAACGCAAUAUUUGAGGGUCGCGUGAGGGGUAAUCCAAAACCUUCGGUAUCCUGGACACACAAGGGUCUACCGUUAUUCGAAUCCCAGAAAAUCCGCAUGUCUUACGACGACAGAAGCGGAGUCGUUACGCUGCAGAUAAAUCAGAUCGGACCUGGUAACGAGGGCGAAUACACGUGCAGUGCAAAGAAUCAAUACGGUGAGGCAAUUUGCUCCGUUUACAUUCAACCGGAAGGAUUCGGACCUCCACCGCAGCAGCAGCUCGGUGGCUACCAGAAAGAAUACGCCCAAACCUUCCAAACGACUCGCAAAACGACCGAGAAACAGAGCUACAUCAACGGAAGUACCAUCGAAGAUUUCAAAGUUGACACCUUCGAAUACAGACUGCUGCGCGAAACAGAAUACCGCGAGUCGAUAACUCGUCGUUACGUGGGUGAAUCUGAUACGCAAAUUUCAACCGUAAUCGACCGAUCUUUGGGACCGGUUUCACCACCCCAAAUUUCACAGAAGCCGAGAAACUCUAAGCUAGUCGAAGGCUCCGACGCCGUCUUCACCGCAAAACUUACAGCGAAUCCAAAACCAAGACUAACUUGGUUCAAAAAUGGACAGAGGAUUCGCGAUUCACAGCGCGUUGAAAUUUCUCAUUCGAACCAACAAGCUACACUGAAGGUUCGAGGAGCGCGCCAAGAAGACGGUGGUCACUACACGUUGCUGGCCGAAAAUCCUCAAGGAUGUACAGUGAGCUCUGCGUACCUCGCGAUCGAGCCAAGUGAUCAAGUUGAUCAGGCUCAAACUCAUGUUCAUCAGAGGGAGGUACUGAAGAGCACUCAUGUCGAAAGCUCCGAGACUACAGAGGCUGGAAAAGUCCUGCCACCAAAUUUUAUUCGCACUUGCGCCGACCGCGAUGUUACCGAAGGAAAAAUGACGAGAUUUGAUUGUCGUGUGACCGGACGACCUUAUCCGGAAGUGAGCUGGUAUAUAAACGGUUACCAAGUAGCCAACGACGCGACCCACAAGAUCCUUGUAAAUGAAUCGGGUAACAAUUCGCUAAUGAUAACGAACGUAAGUCGAGCUGACGCCGGUAUAGUGACCUGCGUGGCACGUAACAAAGCUGGAGAAACCUCGUCCCAAUGUACCCUGAACGUUAUUGAAAAAGAACAAGUCGUAGCGCCAAAAUUCGUCGAGCGUUUCACAACGAUGAACGUCAAGGAAGGAGAACCAGUCGCUUUCAAUGCUAGAGCGGUCGGCACUCCCAUACCACGAAUCACUUGGCAGAAGGAUGGUGUGCCCAUAGCGCCCGGCCCCGACGUGCGCAUAUCAACGGACGGCAGUGGAGCCUCGACCUUGGAUAUCCCCUUGGCAAGAUCCUCAGAUGCGGCAUGGUAUCAAUGCACCGCACAAAAUGUAGCCGGCUCUACCGCCACCCGGGCCCGGCUUUUCGUCGAAACACCGAAGGGAUCUGCCCCCGAACCAAGACGCCUGAACUUACCACGACCGACGAAAGUCAUCGAACCAGAACCUGCACCUGGCCCCGAAGUGAUCUACCUGCGACACGUUGAGCGUGCGAAACCGCACUUACCAAGUCACGAGGAGGAUCGAAUCUAUCCACCUCCGCAGUUUAUAAUCCCUCUACGAGACGGUCACCAGAUUGAGGGUGGGCGACAGCACUUCGAGGCCAGAAUCGAACCGGUGGGCGACCCUACGAUGAGGGUCGAAUGGUACGUCAACGGAAGACCUCUGGACGCGAGUUCCCGAGCCAAUUCAAUCUUCCGAUUUGGAUUCAUCGCCCUCGAUCUGAUCAGCAUCGUGAUGCAUGACGCCGGACAAUAUCUGUGUCGCGUAAUAAGUUCGACGGGCACAGCCGAGUCGACCGCGAUACUCAAUGUAACAGCACGCGCCACCAUCGAGCAGACCAGUCAGCAUCCGGACAGCCUGCAAUACAUACAGCAAUUGGAGGACUACAGCAAAUAUCAGAGGCAAGAGAGUUACGAAGAAACCUCUUCCCAGCGACCGGUAUUCAUCCGUCCACUCCAAGAACUUGGGGAACUUCAGGAGGGCCGUAAUGCCCACUUCGAAGCUCAGCUAACACCGGUUAGCGAUCCUACCAUGAAAGUGGAGUGGUACAAGGAUGGAAGACCGAUCACAGCCAGUUCAAGAAUCACAACCAUCUUCAACUUCGGUUACGUCUCACUAAAUAUAAUGCACCUACGAGUCGAAGAUGCCGGUUCUUAUACGGUCAGAGCUGUGAAUCGCUUGGGAGAGGCGAUAAGCACAGCGUCUCUUCGGGUAUUUGCGCGCACAAGCGUUACCUCCGAUCUCGGAAUACCCGAGCAACAGAAGUACAUCGAAGCUGCGGAGGAGUUGGAAGCUUAUCAGCAGGCGAUGCACCAGAAAUACACGCAGGAACAACCAGAGAGAAUAACCCCACCGGAAUUUAAGAGCCCCAUAAAGGACCAAAACAACGUCCGCGAGGGUGGGUUCGCACAUUUCGAAGCCCGCCUAGAGCCAGUCGGUGACUCUACGCUACGCGUCGAAUGGCUCAAGGACGGACGACCAGUAGAAGCUAGUUCACGAAUCACAACUUUCUUCAACUUUGGCUACGUAGCGCUCACUAUAAAAUACGUAACGAUUCACGACGUCGGAGUGUACACUUGCCGCGCCUACAACAGGGCAGGGGAGGCAAGAACCACCGCGCAAUUGAGCGUAAUCAGCAAGAACGAUGUGAUAUACGACAGUCAGCAUCCCAGUGGACUUCAGAAAAUUCAGACGCUAGAAGAUUCCAGCCGUUACUCUCGUCAGGUACAGGAAGAGGUUCAAGUUACCCAAGCACCUCGUUUCCUCGGACCACUGAAGGGUACGAAUAAAAUUGUCGAAGGUCAACGGGCGCACUUCGAAGCCCGCGUGGAACCGCAGAGUGACCUUACCAUGAAGAUAGAGUGGUACCACAACGGCAAGGCUAUAACUGCCGCUAACAGGAUUCAAACUUAUCACGACUUCGGAUACGUCGCUAUCGAUAUCCUUCAGGUCCGCGCCGAGGACAUCGGAACGUACACCGUUGUGGCGAGAAACGCCCUCGGCGAAGCACAACUUUCGGCGACAAUGACGGUGGAAACUCGUUCGGGUGUCGACACCAGUAGUAUGCACCACGGUACCUUCGAAAAAACGCAGCGUCUCGAGGGUUCGAAGUUCGUCGAGCCCCAGUAUCACAUCGAAGAAAUUUCAAAGUCGAAACCGAUUUUCGUUCAGCCGUUAUCCGAUCCGAAACCGGUGAGCGAGGGUAAAAACAUCCACUUGGAAUGUCGUUUGGAACCCAUGGGUGAUCCGACGAUGAGAGUCGAGUGGUUCCAGAACGGACGUCCCGUGACCGUUGGCUCCAGAUUCAGGACUUAUUAUGACUUUGGAUUCGUCGCCCUCGAUAUCGUCCACACAACGGCGUUGGACUCCGGAGAAUACACGGUUCGAGCGACGAACCACCUCGGUACGGCACACACUUCGGCCUGCGUUCGGGUCAUCGGACGUUCGGACAUCGUUACCGAUUCCCAAAACGAACAGUCCUUGGAACAGAUUCAAAUGCUCGAGGACGCCUCGAGGUACAGGAGAACCCAACAGGAGGAUGUCACGGUUUUGCAGGCACCGCAAUUCAGCAGACCUCUUCACAAUAUCGAAACCGUCGAACUUACCAACGUACAUUUGGAAUGCCGUCUUCAACCAGUCGGUGAUUCAACCAUGCGCGUCGAAUGGUUUGUCAACGGUCAUCCGGUGAAAACCGGACACCGUUUCAGACCGUCCUACGAGUUCGAUUACGUCGCUUUGGAUAUAUUGGGCGUUUAUCCCGAUGACUCCGGCGUUUACACCUGCCAAGCGCGUAAUCAACUCGGCGAGGCCGUUACCUCCUGCUCCGUUCGCGUCCACGCCAAGAAAGACCUGUUGUUGGAAACUCAGCACCCCGAAGGUUUGGAGAAAAUUCAAUACCUUGAGGACGCCUCCAGGUACAGGAGGAACGAGCUAGUCGACGAGGUCGUUAAAAUAAAGCCCAGAUUUGUCACGAAACCAAAGAACCAGGAGAAUCUGCGCGAGGGACAACACGCUCACUUUGAAUGCAAACUCGAACCUGUCACGGAUUCAAAUCUUAAAGUGGAGUGGUUUAAGAACGGUCGUCCAGUAACCAUAGGACACCGAUUCCGUCCCAUUCAUGACUUUGGAUACGUUGCCCUGGACGUAAUUGACCUGAUCGCGGAAGAUUCGGGCACCUACACCUGCCGCGCCGUAAAUCUAGUCGGUAGCGACGAGGUGGUGUGCACCCUUGGCUGUAGGUCGACCGCACAAAUUCUGACCGACACUCAAAACGAAGUCGGUCUCGAGCAGAUACAUUAUUUGGAAGACAGGUCAAAAUACCAAAGACAAGAGGUGGUCGACGAGACCACUACUCAGGCACCGAUAUUCACAACUUCGUUGAAAAACGUUGAGAUCAAAGAAGGUCAACGAGCCCACUUCGAGUGCCGUUUGAUUCCCGUUUCUGAUCCCACAAUGAAGGUCGAGUGGUUCCACGACAAUAAACCCGUCAAAGCUGGUUCCAGAUUUAUCGAAACCAAUAAUUUCGGAUUCGUCGCGUUGGAUAUCAUGUACGCCUACCCAGAAGAUUCUGGGACCUACACCUGCCGCGCGAGAAACGCUAUCGGCGAAGCUAUCACUUCGGCAGCUUCCGUGGUGCACUCCAAGAAAACGAUCUACCUGGAAUCACAGCACGAAGAAGCGCUGCAGCGUCUUCAACAUCUGGAAGAUUCGUCGCGCUACCAACGAAAGAGUGUACAAGAAGAGACCGUAAGCCAGGCUCCCGUCUUCACCAUGCCUAUCAAAGAUUUGCGCGUCGCAGAAAAUCAGGCAGCACACUUCGAGGCCCGAGUCAUACCCGUUGGUGACCCGAGACUCAAGGUCGAAUGGUUGCGCAACGGUGUACCGAUUUCCGCCUCUAAUCGAGUUACUACCAUGCACGACUUCGGAUACGUCGCGCUUAACUUGAAAUACGUAAACCCCGAAGAUUCGGGUUCGUACACCUGUCGCGCCGUGAACGACCUUGGCGAAGCGGUGACCUCUGCCACGAUGUUCGUUCAAUCUAAGGCAGCCCUGCAGUUCGAGUCACAGCACGAGAGCGCUCUUUCGAAACUCCAGGCUCUCGAAGACACGAGUAAAUAUCAGCGGCGCGAAGAAGAGGAGGUGACCGUCAAGGACAAACCGUCGUUCACGGUGCAGCUCAACGGACCGACAAAUCUGGUCGAAGGUCAGAGCGCGCACUACGAAUGUCGCAUCGAACCGUACCCCGAUCCGAAUAUGAAGGUCGAAUGGUUCCACAACGGGAAACCGUUGUCCACCGGGCACAGAUACCGUACAACUUGCGACUUCGGAUUCGCCGCACUCGACGUACUCAGCGUAUACGCGGAAGACUCCGGCACGUACACUUGCAGGGCUACUAACAGACUCGGAUCCGCCGAAAGUUCCAUCAAUCUAGACGUCAAGUCCCGAGCGUCCAUCAUCAGCGACACCCAGCACGAAGGUGCUCUCCAGAAAAUUCAAUACUUGGAAGACGACUCACGGUACAAACGCGUUGCCGCCGAAGACACGAUAAUCGCGGAGCGACCGAAGUUCGGACGACCCUUGAAAAAUAUCGAACACCUACCGGAGGGCAAGAACGCUCAUUUGGAAGCUACGUUGACACCGGUGAAUGACCCUACCAUGGUAGUCGAAUGGUACAGAGACGGUAGACCGAUUCCCCAGGGACACAAAUUCAAGACUACUUACGAUUUUGGCUUCGUUGCUCUGGAUAUAUUGUACGCCUAUCCGGAAGACUCGGGGACGUACAUGUGCAAGGCGAGGAACGCUGUCGGUGAAGCUGUGACCACUUGCGUAAUCGGAGUCGACUCGAAGCAAGGUCUUCUCCUCGACACCCUGGAUGCCCAGAGAUUGCAGAAGAUUCGGGAACUGGAGACUGUCGACGUGAAACAAGUGGUAGAAAAGGAAACCGUUCACCAGAAACCCGUGUUUUUGACACCUCUGAACAACCUGGAUCACUUAAAGGAAGGCGAACACGCUCAUCUCGAAUGUCGCGUCGAGCCAAUCAACGAUCCAAAUCUAAAGAUAGAAUGGUUCGUGAACGGCGUCGCGAUCAAGACGGGUCACAGAUUCCGUACAACUCACGACUUCGGCUACGUGGCUCUUGACAUUUUGUACACAUACUCCGAGGAUUCUGGUACAUACAUGUGCAAAGCUACGAAUCUAGCCGGCGAGGCGGUUAAUACUUGCACCAUCAAGGUCGCCUCGCGCCGUAGCAUUUUGUUCGACAGUCAGCACCCUGACGGUCUAGAAAAGAUUCGAGAACUCGAAUCUCAAGGACAUCCCGCUCGUUUGGAGGUCGAAGAGCCCGUCGUCACUCCACCCAGAUUCGUAACGGAGCUGAGGGGAACAACGGAAGUGUUCGAGGGCCAAACGGCGCACUUCGAGUGCCAAGUUGAACCCCUUCACGAUCCAAAUCUCCGCAUCGAGUUCUUCCAUAACGGGAAGCCCUUGCCAUCCGCGUCCCGGUUCCACAUCACCUUCGAUUUUGGAUACGUCGCCCUGGACAUCGGGCACUCUGUACCGGAGGAUGCCGGAGAAUAUUCCGUACGGGCGAUCAACGCCCUCGGGCAAUGCACGUCGUCCAUCAGUCUCAAGGUUAUUCCCAGGGAAGGCAUCAUCUUGGAUUCCCAGCGCCCGGAGGGCAUGGAUAAAAUCCGGGAACUGGAAUCCCAACAACCCUGGAAAAGACCGGAUGUCCCUGAGCCUCAGACCAGACAACGCCCCGUCUUCACUCAGCCGCUCCAGAACAUCGAUUCCAUACCGGAGGGUCAAACGGCGCACUUUGAGUGCCGGUUGAUUCCCGUGGGAGAUCCAACACUCAAGGUCGAAUGGUUCAGAAAUGAAAAACCACUUGAAACGAGUUCCCGUAUCACCAAAGUACAUGACUUCGGCUACGUGUCGCUCGAUAUUUCGCACAUUCGCGACGAAGACGAGGGUGUCUAUAUGUGCAGAGCAUUGAACCCACUGGGUGAGGCUGUUACCACCGCCUCGAUGAGAAUUAGAUCCAAAGCCAACAUUCAACUGGAAACGCAGCAUCCCGAAGCUCAACAGAGGAUCGCUCAGCUCGAAGCUGACAAGGGUCCAAGACGUCCCGAUGAACCAGAGAGAGUAUUCGACAAACCAAUUUUCACACAGCUUCUCAGCGGUCCCUCCGAACUCUGGGAAGGGCAGGUCGCUCAUUACGAGUGCAGGGUUGUUCCAGUUGGUGAUCCGAGCUUGAGAUUCGAGUGGUUCGUCAACGGCGUUGAGUUGAAAAUGGGAUCUCGCUUCCACGUCACCCACGAUUUCGGUUUCGUCACUCUUGACAUCAUGAAGGUGAUAUCCGAAGACUCCGGAGUCUACACGUGCAAAGCGAUCAACAAAUCUGGAGAGGCUGUCUCUUCCAUAUCGCUGAAAGUUAAAGCUCGCUCGAACAUCGUCGGCGACUCCAUUCAGCCGGACGCAUGGCAAAAGAUUCAAUUGAAAGAAGCCGAGAUGAACAAAGUGCCGGAAAUGUUCAUCGAUACGACUCCGCAACAGGCUCCCGUAUUCACCACCCAUCUUAAGAGCUACGACAAACUUACCGAAGGUCAGCACGUGUAUCUGGAAGCUCAAGUGGAGCCCAGAGCGGAUCCGAAUCUCCGCGUCGAGUGGUUCAAGAACGGCGUACCUCUGCAAACCGGUACCCGACUACGCAGCACCUUCGAUUUCGGUCUCGUCACUCUCUCCAUCAACGGUGUACGUGCCGACGACUCCGCGAUUUACACCUGCAAGGCAACAAAUUUGUUGGGUGAGGCCGUAUCGACUUGCACACUCAAGGUGGACGACCGACACUGGCUGUUGGGAGACACCCUCCACCCGGACGCGCUGCCGAAGAUCGAUGCCCUUGAACAACCGGUCGUAUCCGGUACCGAACAACCCGAGACCGUUUACGAAGAACCGGUGUUCAUCACUCAUCUGAACAAUGUCGAGUGCAAGGAGGGCGACAACGUUCACUUCGAAUGCAACGUAGAGCCGUCGAAAGAUCCGACGAUGAAGAUCGAGUGGUUCGUGAACGGCAAACCGAUUCCGCUCGGUGCCAGAUUCAAGUCGACGUACGAUUUCGGAUACGUAGCGUUGGACAUCAAUCACGCCUACGAGGAGGACUCCGGACUUUACACGGUCAAGGCGACGAACUCCAAGGGCACAGCUCAAACGACCGGUACCCUGAAGUGCAUCAGUAAGCAGAGUAUCUACCUGCAGACGCAACAUCCGCAGGGCGAAGCUGGACUCGAGAAAGUCAAGGAAGCCGAGGACGCCUACCUCUCGAAAUUACAGAGGCGGGACUCGGGACCGGAACACGAAUUCCCCAAGCCAAUAUGGAUCGUACCACUUCAGCCCGAGUUCAAACUCGGUGAAUCCGAACCGCUUCAUCUGGAAGGUCAAGUCGAACCCAAGGAAGACCCGAAUCUGCGCAUAGAAUGGUACUUCAACGGUAAGGUACUCGAACACGGUGCCCGAUUCAAGAUGACCAGUGACUUCGGUUUCGUGACGCUCGAUUUGACCGACGUUUACGACCGCGAUUCCGGAAUUUACACGUGCAAGGCGAUCAACAAGGCCGGCGAAGCUUUCACCUCGACGACAAUUUAUUGUUCGACCAAAGAGAACGUGAUCGAAAGGUCGCAGCAUCCGAAGGGCAAGGAGGGACUGGAAGCGAUUCAGGACCUCGAAGAAUCGCUGAAGAGACCCGACGGCACUCCGGCGGAAAGCGACGAGGGACACCCACCGGUAUUCACAUCUCAAUUCGAGAACCUGACGAACCUUUCGGAGGGUGAAAUAGCUCAUUUCGAGGCGUCCCUUACACCGGUCGGCGAUCAAACAAUGGUCGUCGAAUGGUUUUACAAUGGAAAACAACUCGAAGCAAGUCACAGGACCAGGACGGUGUACGCUUUCGGUAUGGUCGUUCUCGAGGUACUCGGUACCAAGGUCGAGGAUUCCGGCACUUACACCUGCCGGGCGACGAACAAGUGGGGAAGAGCCGAGAUCAGCGUGAAUCUCGAAUGCGUCGACAAAUCCAAGGGACAAAAGCCAAAGUUCACCACUCAAAUUCAAUCGCUCGAAGGACUCAAGGACGGACAGUCCGUACACUUCGAAUGUACGUUGAUUCCGGUCGGCGAUCCUCACAUGAAAGUCGAAUGGUUCCACAACGGACAACCCCUUCGUCAUUCGUCCCGAUUCAAGAUGGUAUCGGACUUCGGAUUCGUCGUAAUGGACAUCGCCGGCGUGAUGUCCCACGAUACCGGCGAGUACGUUUGCAAGGCGAGUAACAAAUACGGCGAGGACUACACCAAGGCCACGAUAAAAUGCUUCGGGAAGAGCGGGGUCUACCUGGAUUCCCUGCAACCCGAUUCCCUGGCUCGCAUCCGAGAACUCGAAAGUUUGGGGGCUGAUCAACCAGCUGCACCGUCGACACCGGUCGCGGAACCGCCCAAAUUUAUAACACAAAUUUCGAACAUCACAAAACUGGUGGAGGGACAAUCGGCACACUUCGAAGCCAGACUGACACCGGUAACGGAUCCCGAUCUGGUCGUCGAAUGGUAUUACAACGGCAAGAAAUUACCGCACGGACAUCGUUACAGAACGUUCCACGAUUUCGGUAUCGUGAUUUUGGAUAUACUAUACUGUUACGAAGAAAACUCCGGAGAGUACGAAUGCAGGGCAGUUAACAAAUACGGUCAAGAUUCCACCAAAGCUACGUUGAGAUGUCUGUCCAAGGCGAACCUGAUACUGGAGUCUCAAUUACCGAAGGGUAUGGAGGGCGGUCUCGAGAAAAUUCAAUCUCUCGAGGACUCCUUGAUUCGUACCAAGGAGGAACAGAGUGUCCAGGAACGUGGCAAGGCUCCGGUGUUCACCGUUCCUCUCAGCAACAUCGACGGUCUAAGAGAAGGAGAGAGCGCUCACUUCGAGGCACGACUGACACCCACGGAUGACCCCAAACUCAAGGUCGAAUGGUUCUGGAACGGCAAACCACUGCGUACGGGAUCGAGGUUCCGAACGUUCUGCGAUUUCGGUUUCGUGAUCCUGGAGAUUUCCCCGAUAUAUCCGGAGGACACCGGAGAAUACAGUUGCCGAGCGACUAACGACUACGGCGAAGCCGUGACGACGUGCACGUUGAAGUGCACCGGCAAACGUAACAUCAUACUGGAAUCUCAGCUACCCAAGGGAAUGGAGGGAACGAUCGACAAGAUCGCGGAACUCGAGGGUCUCGGCAACGCGCCGGGACAGGCCAGUCCCGACGACGACACCGGCAAACCACCGGAAUUCAUCACGACACCGUCCGAUUUGACUUUGGCGGAAAACUCGCUCGCCCAUUUCGAGUGCAGGCUGCAGCCGGUGAACGACUCCAGUAUGCGCGUCGAGUGGUAUCACAACGGAAAGGCGCUUCUGGCGGGAUCCAGAGUGAAAACUAUCCACGACUUUGGAUUCGUCAUAUUGGAGGUCGCCAAUUGCUACCAGCGAGACUCCGGUCUUUACACGUGCAAAGCGACGAACCGUCACGGAGAGGCGACGGUUUCCUGCAAGCUCCAAGUCAGAGGACGUCAGGGAAUAAUUCUGGAGCCGCAACUCCCUACCAACUUCAGGAGCGGCACCGAGAGCAUUCAAAAACUGGAGGAGUCUCUCUACAAACAAGACGAAAUAAUGACCGAGGACGAAAAACCGAAUCCUCCGAGAUUCACGGUCGAGCUGAAGGACAUUCAAGUGGAAGAAGCUGGACCGAGUCACUUCGAUUGCCGCGUAGAACCGGUAGGCGAUUCCACGAUGCGCAUAGAUUGGUUCCACAAUGGAAGACCGUUCGCGACCGGAUCCAGAGUUCAUAUGAUCAAUGAUUUCGGCUUCAUCUCUCUCGAUCUUUCUUACACCUACGCGAGGGACAGCGGUGAAUAUGUAUGCAGAGCUACUAACAAAUGGGGAUCCGCGACUACGAAGGCAUCGAUAAUAUGCAAAACUAAAAAAACGAUCGAUUACGACUCGCAACUUCCAUCGGGAAUGAGUGGCGAAAAAUUAAAAGAGUUGGAACGCGGACCGGUCAGCGUUGCCCCCGCGGCUGACGCCCCCAGACAACCGCCCAAGUUCAUCACCCAAAUUCAAUCCGCAACCGUCGAUGAAUCCGAACCGGUCAGAUUCGAGUGUCGCGUGGAGCCCAAGGACGAUCCUAAUCUGAGGAUCGAGUGGUACAGAAACGGAAAACUUAUCCCAGCUGGACACAGAUAUAGAACAACCUACGACAUGGGUUUCGUGUCCAUGGACGUCUUGUACGUUUAUUCGGAAGAUUCCGGUGAAUACGUUUGCAAAGCCAUCAAUGACCUCGGCGAAGACACAACGAGGGCGUCAGUCUCUUGCAAGAAAUUGCCGAACAUCAUUCUACAAAACCAAGUACCAAAGGGGAUGAAAAAAUCCGAAGCUUUGAUGCAGAUGGAAGCUACCAUCAAAAAAUACACUUCGGAAAUUCAUUUGACCGAGGACGAUCUCUACGACGCGGACAAGAAACAACCACCUCGUUUCGUGACGCAAAUAAAGGACCAAACUGAGCUCAUAGAGAUGAACAGCACAAAAUUCGAAUGUCAAUUGGCACCUGUGGGCGAUCCGAACAUGAAAGUAGAAUGGUUCUUCAACGGUAAACCACUGCCUCACAAAAACCGAUUCACGCCGAUCUACGAUUUCGGUUACGUCGCAAUGAACUUCGGAUGGGUAUACCCGGAGGACAGUGGCGAAUAUUUGUGCAGGGCGACGAAUCUCUACGGUAUGGACGAAACCAGAGCCGUGAUCAGGACCGCCGGAAAACCCGGAAUAAUCUACGAAUCUCAACUUCCCAAGGGAAUGAAGAGUAUCGAGAAAAUCAGGGAAAUGGAAGCCGCCUGGCAAGUUGUACCGGAAGAAGAGGGUGAAGACGAAAAAGUUCGCGCACCACCGGCGUUCGUAAGUAAACCAGAACCGGUAACCGUCGAAGAAAGCGACUGGGCAAGAUUCUGCUGUCGCGUUACGGGACACCCGAAACCACGAGUGAUGUGGAUGAUCAACGGGCAUACCGUUUUCAACGGAGCCCGAUACAAGCUCACCUACGACGGGAUGUACCAUUUGGACAUUCCAAAGACCAGACAAUACGAUCACGGUAAAGUCGAAGUGAUCGCCCGUAGCUCCGUGGGUGAAACCCGUACGGAAACUACCCUUACGGUGAAGCCGCGCAGCGACGAUUACCGCGGGGUGCUCAAGAAUUCGCCCAGGCCGUGGUACGAUAUCGGAUUGACGCAAUACCAGAGCGAACGACAAGACACCGAGUUGGAACGUGUGUUCGACGAACGGCACCAAACGGUGUCCCAGGGUGUCGAUAUCGCCACGGAUCACCUGACCCAAAAAGUCUACAAAGAGCCGGAGACCGAAUGGCAGAAAUCUGUGAAAACAAAGAAGAACGAAGAUUAUUACAACAAAUUGAUGAACCUCGAGGAGGAGCAAGUUCUCAAGGAAACGAGACUCAGAGAGAACACUCAUCAAUUCGCAGUCCCCGGCGACAAACUCGUCGACAAUUCCGUGGCUAAGGGAAUGGCACAGAAAUAUCAGGAGAACCUUCAAUCCCAACCGCAAGGACCGGCACCACCUCCUCCGCGGCAAGUUCUUCGUCAAGGCCAACACGUGACGGAAGUUGAGAUCGAUUCGCAAAGAGUCGGCGGAAGGCAUCCUCCGGAGCCGACGGAAUCUUCGGUUCACGGUCGCGAGGUACACGUCGCCAAGCAGCGUCAGACCCAGAAGGAGACCAAGGGCGACCUAGAAAUAACUAGAAACAUAACGGCAACGGAAACCACGGAAGUUGAGCACAAGGCCAAGACUCAGGAGAGGAUCGUGCAGGGGCAGGUGAAGCCCGCUAACCCACCGGUGUUCACCAAAAAGAUACAGCCUUGCCGAGCGUUCGAGCAAGAGCAGGCGAGAUUCGAAGUCGAAUUCGACGGAGAUCCGCUACCCACCAUAAAAUGGUACCGCGAAGAUUUCCCCAUCCAGAACUCGUCCGAUCUCCAGAUCCACACGUUCAGUACGAAGUCGGUGCUGAUCGUACGCCAAGUUUUCAUGGAGGAUUCCGGUGUAUUCUCGGUGAUCGCCGAGAAUCGUGGAGGAAAAGCCAAGUGCAGCGCGAAUCUGGUUGUGGAAGAACGCAGGAGGCAGCCAGGAAGGGGUGGUGUCAUCCCCCCGAGCUUUUUGACCACCAUUCAGAGCACAACGGUGCCCAGCGGUCAACUGGCGCGAUUCGACGCGAAAUUAUCAGGCACCAAGCCCCUCGACGUUUACUGGUUGAAGAACGGCAAAAAAGUGACGGCCGACAUCCGCUACAAAACCUUGGAGGAAGACAACGUCUACACCCUCCUGAUAUUGGAGGCCGUGCCGGAAGACAACGGGAAGUACGAAUGCGUGGCGAUCAACAGGGCUGGCGAGGCGAGGUGCGACGCCGACUGCACGAUCCAGACACCUGCGUCUCCGACGAAACCGUCGAAACCCAGCACACCGGGUGCCGAAAAAGCACCGUUCGUCGCCGAACCGCUCAAGGAUCAGACCAUCAGGGAGGGGGCCUCGGUUGCCUUCAGAUGCAGAAUAUCUGGAAAACCAGCGCCAACCGUUCAGUGGAAGAAAGGAGACAAGGUCAUCAAGCCCUCCAAAUACUUCCAAAUGUUGAAAGAAGCGGAAGUCUGCACUCUGAAAAUUUCCGAGGCUUUCCCCGAGGACGAAGGUGUCUAUAAAUGCAUCGCCAAAAAUCCGGCCGGUGAUGUCACAACAUCAGCUAAUCUUCGAGUUCUCGCUCCGGACACCACGGAUGUCCUGCCCAAGCUAACACCGCUCAAGGACCAGAUUGUCAUGGAAGGUCAACCGGCCCAGUUCAAAACUCAGGUGUCACCGCCGAAAUCGAAACCGACGAUUCAAUGGUACCGCGACGGUGCCCUGAUCCCACAAUCGCCAGACUUUCAAAUGAUUCACGAAGGUAACAACGCCGUUCUACUGAUCGCAACGACGUACGAAGAAGACAGCGGUACUUUUUCAUGCCGUGCAACGACAUCAGCUGGAACUGUAGAAACGUCGGCGAAACUCAUCGUCAAAAGUAAGAAUUGAUCAAACUUCAUUCUUAAUCCAACCCAAAACGAAACGACCCCAAAACUUGUCAGACAAGCUAAUUUAUAACGUACGCGAUUAUAAUCAACCGGCAACUAGUCGGUCGUAUAGCUCACCAGCCGUUUCAGGCUAUUUGGCUAUUUUUCGAAAUAACCAGAAGCUGCAACACGACCGCACAAAUAGAUGCGUUUAAUCGAUCAUCGGAGUGCGUCGUUCGUUUUUUUUCUGACGAAUAUUUAUUUAUUAAUUUUUUUUUUCCUUCGCUUUUUAACGUUAUACUUGUGAUCCUAAUCAUCUCUUGCUAGUCGGGCAGUUUCUCUUCAUUUUUCAUUUCAUUUCGUGUUUUUUUUUUUUUUUCUAUUCAUAAAUAUACAUAUUACUAUAUAUAUUUACUAACUUCUUAACAAUUUGAGUAUCACGAAAAGAGAGACGUGUGAAAGAAGUGAAUUCAUUUUAAGCGCAGACGUUUAUAGAUAACGUACGUAUGCGCCAAUAAUUAUGCACGCGAAAAAUAUUUAAUAUACUGGUACCUAUAACGAUAUAAUGUGAAGGUGGUGCUAUAAAAAUACUUGCCAUUACCACAAUUGGAAGAAAAAUGAUGGGUUGAUGAUUUGAAAAAAUAAUGAAGAAUAAGAAAAAAAAAACUGGUUAAUAGAAAAAGAAAUACGGAAAACGUUAAGUCGAGUCUGAAAGCAAAGUACAGACAUGCGAAUGUGAUUAUAAAUUUACCAUACACAAAGGUGCAAAGAAAGAAUAACAUGAACAAAAGUGAGACGUAAUAAGCACAUGUACGAGUGUGUACUUUGCCUGGAAUCGACUUUGAUCGUGACGGAUAAAUUCUAUUGUUUCGAAUCUACAGAGUUUCGAAAAUUGAGAAUAUAGAAUGAAAAGAUACGAAAACAAUAUUGAUCGAUCGAUCUAUACAAGUGCGAGAAUGAAAAUAGUGCACGACGUAUUUCUACGGAAACUCGAACUCGUGGCGAGUGAAAAGCCUACUCCGAUAUAUUGUGUAUGUUCGUCUGUUACGUACACCGAUCGUCGAUUCAUCAUCAGAUAAUAAUUAUUCGUUUAAAUACAUUCACAUGCGAACAUUAGUUAUUUAUAUGUUCUAGUAUUUUGUCAUACCAUGAAUACAUAUGUUCUCAAUACGUACACGAAGAGAGACACACAUAAGAAACAAAAAAAAAAACAACAACCACAUAAUACAUAUGUGCAUAUUGAUUAUCUACUCCUAACAUUCUAAUAAUUAAUUAUUAUUGUACAAUGGAAAGUCUAAUAAAAAAUAUACUAUGAAUAUAAAA